AUGGCCAAGAACAGUGAUCACCCUGGUAAUGACGCUGAAUCCCACCACCGGUCGUCUUUUUCCCCUGAACGUCCCCACUUUUUUCAAAUAAUCCUCUCCGAAGCAGACAAGAAUCACAGGCUGAGAAUUCCUGAGGAAUUUGUUGCUAGAUAUCGAAAUCACCUCUCCAAUGCCGUGCUUCUCAAGAUGCCGAGUGGGGCUGUUUGGCGAAUAGGGCUCACUGAUUCAUGUGGCGAGGUUUGGAUGGAAUCUGGCUGGAGAAAGUUCACUAACUAUUACUCCAUUCGCUAUGGGCACUUCUUAGUUUUUAGAUAUGAUGGAAACUCUGUCUUCUAUGUUAUGAUACUUGAUAAUGAAAAUGCAUUAGAGAUUGAAUAUCCAAUUGUUGAAAGAUCAUCUGAAAGGAAUGAUAUAAUUAUGAUUGAUGAUCAUGAUGAGUCAAUGGAUUUUCAUCACUGCCGUAGCAGCAGCAUUGAAGAGGACAUGAACCAAGAACAUUAUGAAGAAGAUACGUUGGCAGCCGAAGUACAACAGCAAAGUAAAACCACGAGGUCCACGACUAUAGACAAUAUGACAGCUCUUGGAAGGGCUGAGGCCUUCAAGUCGCCAUACCCUAUGUUUAUUGUUGCUAUGAAGCCAUCUUAUCUCAAUUAUCGUGGUUUGCAUGUACCAGUAGGCUUCGCAAAGAAAUAUUUCUCGAAGCCAGCAUUGAUCAUACUUUCAGUUUCAGAUGGACGAACCUGGUCCUUGAACUGUUCUGGUAAUGACCACUUAUCCAUCCGUUGGAGCCCAUUUGCACAAGACAAUAACCUGAAAUUGGGCGAUGUUUGUGCCUUUGAGCUCAUUGAAAGAGGUUGUAGACCAAAGCUUAAAGUAACUGUAUUUCGAGAAGAAGAUCUUGAUCAAGAUAACAAAGAGGAAUGUACAGGAGGAACUACAUCUUUCAGAAAGUCUGAAAUCAACACUUCAGAAACGAUUGAGAUUGCAGAGGGCAAUGAAGAGAAAGUUGAAGCGUUUAAAAAAGCUUCAGCUUUUAAAUCAAACUACCCUUUUACUGCUAUGCUUAUAAGGAAAAGUUAUAUGUCAGAAUUAUAUCUACCUGCACGUUUUACAAAGGAACAUUUUAGAACCAAACCUAAAACAGCUAUCCUUUGCAAGUCAGACAAAAGAACUUGGAAGGUUAAGUGGUUCUGCCGUAGCGAUAGAGAAAAACAAGGUUUUGUUUGGGGUUCAUUUACGAAAGACAAUAAUCUUAAAGAAGGGGAUGCUUGUGUGUUUGAGCUUAUUAAGAAUUGUCUUGAACCAUUGCUCAAAGUCACUAUAUUUAGAAAGUUUGAAGAUCACUAUAUUUACACUAACAUGGAAUUAUGUACAGCUCUGGAAAGAGCAAAGGCAUUCAAACCUAAUCAUCCUUCGGUCAUUAUCAAGGUGAAACAAUCUUAUCUAUAUGGAAACUGUGGUUUGUGUAUGCCGCGGAAAUUUUCUAGGGAGUAUUUGAAUCGACACGUGAAGAUGGUUAGGCUUAUGGUUCGAGAAUGUUCAAAAAAAUGGGACGUUAGUUGCAGUCAACUCUCAACCAGAGAGGGUGUGUUUUACCUUAACUGGCGACAAUUUGCCAAGGACAAUAACUUGGAAAUUGAAGAUGUUUGUGUUUUUACAGUGAUUGAUAAGAUUAAACCUAUCUGGGAAGUGGUAGUAUUUCGGGCAGCAGGAGGAGAUGAAAACUAAAUCAUGCUUGGUUACUAAGGUCAGUGUUUUGUUAAUAUGGUAGCCAUAACAUUAGUCUAGCUUUUGUUUUCUAUUAUUAGUACUAGAAAAGACUUUUGUAUUGGGAAUUUGAGAUCAGGUUCAUAUGAGAUGUAUACAACUAGAAACACCCUUUUAAGCGAAUCUCAAUCCGGCUCACAUUAAGUUUACACAAACCAUGUUUACAAUCAUGAUGAUAUCU